GCUAGCUUGAUGCUCAGAGUUCCUCCUCUCAGAUCUCAGCUCUCAUCUCUCUGUUGGUGUUACUGGAGGAGAAAACGGAGGAGAAACGGUCUUUUUCUGUCAUUAUAUGUUGUGGAACCGCUGCAGAAGGACCCGACAUGUCUCCCGAUUUGUGCGCUGAAUCCUCUGAAGAAUGAAAACACAAACUGAAACACAUCAACAGCAGUUUAUUACCUUCAUUCAGCUCCAGCUCAGGUUUUAAUACUGUUUUCUGUUAGCUUUAGUCGUGUUUUAUCGAUGGCGUUCUUCGUGAAAAAGAAGAAGUUUAAGUUCCAGACUAUUCUGACUCUGGAGGAGCUGAGCGCGGUUCCGUUCGUUAACGGAGUUCUGUUCUGCAAGAUCCGGCUGCUGGAGGGGGACUUCGCUGCCACUUCAUCCAGACAGGAGGUUCACGAGAACUGUGUUCGCUGGAGGAAGAGGUUCACCUUUGUGUCCAAAAUGAGCGCCAACCCCCACACGGGCGUUCUGGAUCCAUCUGUCUGCAGGGUGUCAGUCAGAAAGGAACUCAAAGGAGGAAAAGCAUACACGAAGCUGGGCUUCACAGACCUCAACAUGGCGGAGUUUGCUGGUUCUGGCUCCACCGUGCGCUGCUGUCUGCUGGAGGGAUACGACACCAAGAACACACGGCAGGACAACUCCAUACUGAAGAUGAUCAUCGGGAUGACCCUCCUGUCUGGAGAUCCGUGUUUUAAAACGCCUCCCAGCACAGCAAAGUCCAUCUCCAUCCCCGGACGAGAACACACCCUGCAGCUGGACUGUAAGGGGGAGGGAACCGCCGAGCCCGGGCCGGCUGGAGGGGUUUCUCUGGGCCGAGCCUCCAAGCCUCGACCCUCCAUCAUCAGCUCAGGUCUCCUUGAAGAAUCAGAAGUGAACCAGUCCGGUUCUGCAGAAAACUUCCAGUCUGGUCACUCUCGUAACUCCAGCUACGCCAGCCAGCACAGCAAAAUCUCAGGCUACAGCACCGAGCACUCCUGCUCCUCCAGCCUGUCCGACCUCACACAUCGCAGGAACGCCUCGACAGGAAGCAGCGCCUCUGGCUGCCUGGGCUUCACCGCUGACACUCCUACAGAGGGAGACAAGGACGCCGGACGUCCAGAGAGACCCCCUCGCCCCCCGAGACCCGUCUUACUCCCUAACAGGCCCCCCAGGAGGAAGCAGGAUUUGGUGGAGAGUCACCCCUCCUGGGUAAAUGACACUCGCAUGGAUGCCGACGACAUUGUGGAGAAAAUUGUCCAAAGCCAAAACUUUGCAGAUAUCAACAACACUGAAGACAGCAACCUGCGUCUGUUCGUCAACAGAGAUGGAACGACCGCGCUCAGCGGCAUCAGGCUUGGAAACAGGGUGUCUGCCGGCGGGUACGAGCCCGUGGUGAUAGAGAGCCAUUAAACCGAGCAGCAAGAGAGGCGGACAUGUUGACCUGUGGGUGGCGGAUCAUCUCGUCUUCUGUCUUCUGUCUCGCUGCUGGUUUUCCUGAGCUUCAGCCGGUCUGACGCCAUGAGGGGGAAAACCUCGUCAGUUUGCACUUUAUGUGAAGUUUGUGGCGGCACUUGUUGUCGUCUGCACUCCGUUCAGCUGUCGUUCUGUGAUGUUGAGGGCGACGAUGCACACAAAAACGCUUCUCUGAUAUAUACUGCCUCGUGGUGUGUUUACCUAACUAGAUUUUGGAUUGGGGAUAUAGAUCUAAAGAAGUCCAGAGAUUUCAGUCAUUUAAUAUGACGCUUUAAGUGAUAAAAGAUACAGACACCAAAAUCAUCCAUGUGUCCCCGGUUUAUUCUUAAAACAUAUGCUCUCUGCUAACUGCCCUGGUGGUAGUAGCAUGAUCCAAACUAAACAUAGCAUUUGAAAUGUUCCUCGUUCCAUACUGAAUACUAUCUGCUUGCAGUACAGUAUGUACUAUAUUUGUCAUAGUACUGUAACUGUUAGUGCAGUUAGGGUUAGCACUCACUUAGCAUUGGGCUUAAAAUAAGUACGCAAACUAAGUAAACGUGACACUGACGCGUUUUCUUCCAGUGGACAGGCAGGUCUGUUACACGCUUUACCGUGAGACUGGGCUGAAAUGACGAGUGACCUCUGCUUGUUAUGGUAAAAUUUGUGCCAAAAUGAUCCUUUAAAACUGAAUUUUAGAGACUACAUGUUGUGUUUGAGUAAUGAAACUACAGUAAAGCCAGUUACAGACAAGAACAGGAAGUUACUGCAGGCUGGACCGAAGUUACUUCAUGAUGUACUGGUGGGGACGCAUGGAUGAUAAUGGUUUAUGUUCACCUCCGAUAACAAAACGGACUAUUGAUUAUAAAGCUGAUUAUUCAGGAUGAUGUGUUCAUCUGAACCAACAAUCCUUUUGUUGAGUCAUUUAGCUUUAAGAUCCCAUUGAGCUGACAGGUUAUAGAAACUUUAAUUUGGCCACAAGUUGUGCAGCCGCCGAUGUUUAGCAGCGGUUUUACUGUUGAUUCAGUAGUUUUUGUUUUUCUUCACCACGUGAUCAAAAUGAAUCUGACACAUUUUUGUUGCUGCAAACUUUCUGAAAAGUAAAGAAUCUCACUGGGAGUUUAGUUAAUGUGUAAUGUUCAGCAGGGAAAUGUUUCCACCUUUUAAAACUUCUAAAACGAGUCCCAACAGCACAACAGGAUAAAAUAACUUUCUGUUGUGCAGCACAUCCAAACACUGAAUGUGAUCCUGAGUUUAGAAAACCACUGAGCGGCUGUGAAAGAUGCAGCAGCUCUGAAUCGCUUUCUGUCUUUUUUGUGUUUGAAGUUGUUCCCUGUUGAUCGGGGGAAAGCAGUAGAACCACUUUGUGCCUGUAAAGUUUCUCUUGAAUGAUCCUAAAGCACCACGACGACUGUGAUAACAGAGUGCUAGUGAUGGUGAGGAGAGAAAUGUUGUUUCCUGUUUUCUUUGUUCUGUUUUAUGUUGUAACUUGUUGCAGGUGCAGCCCAUUUUGGGGAAUCCCACUGCAUGUUGCUGCUCCCAUCUCCACGAAGGAUGACUUGUAUAAGAUUUAGUUCUCCUCUCUCCUCACCCUUCAGACAUUCAAACUAAAUGUGAGGUCAGCUGAUUCUAGAUCUGUGGUACAAACUGUUCUGGUUUUGAUUUGAGGAAAGAGUCCAUGAUGAGGGAUUCCUGCAGACUGUAAAAGUCUCCGUUGCCCCCUGGUGGAGCAACGGUCAGGUUUCUACUGUACAUGAGUCCAUGCCCUUUGGUGUUUACAAGGAUGUUUACUCCCAGUUUGUUUACGGCUGUCUUCAGAUGAACAAACACCAAAGAGGCAGAAAAAAAGGACCAGUUUCUGUAGCGCAGACAAACACAGAAGAGGAUUUGUAAUGUUGGCAACCAGCUGGCUGGUUGAUGCUUCUUUUUUUUUUUUUGGUUAGUUUUCUGUUUGCAAACCACCUCAAGACCGAACAAGAAGGAUUUUUUUUUAUCUUGUACAGAGUCUUAAAAUCUUUUUUUUUCUAUUUGUAAAAAAAGGUGAAACAAUAAGCUGUUAGUCUGAGAAAUAAUGCUCCUUUUUCAAAUGCAAGUCACAAAUCUCUUGGAUUUAUGUGCAAAGAUCGGGCUGCAAAUAAUGAUAAUUUUCCUCAUCAAUUUAAUCUGGCAAUACUUUGUUCGAUUAAUUGCUUAAUUGGUUAAUCGGUUAAUCGUAUAAACUAUAAAAUGUCAGAAAAAUUGUGGAGAAAUAGUAAAAAAAAAUUCCCAGAGUCCAGGAUCUGAUCUUCAAAUUCAGCUCACAAUCAUAUAAAAUAGAGGAAAAAGCAAAUUCUCACAUUUGACAAUCUGAAAAAUGAUUCACAUGCGUGCUUGAAAAAUAAUAGAAAAAAUUACUGACGAUUAAUUUUCUGUCGAGCAACAAAUCAACUUAUUGUUUCAUCCCUAAUUUAGUUGCAUCAGAAACAAAUUAAAGAAUAUUUUCCCUCGUUUACAAUAAAAAAAAAAAUCAGUUUUUAAGACUCCGUUCUUUAUCAGUUAUUGACGUUAUUUUUGCAGUGAAGCUGCAGUUUUUUCUAGUUUGUUGCUUCACAUCUUGUUCACACUACGCUGGUUGAAUCCAGCUCAUUAUAUAUAAGUUGAAUCACUUGUCUUUACACUACUCUGUUGUUGUAUUUUGCAGGUGUAUGUUUAUUAAUCACAUGGAUGAACCACUGACCGUAUAGUCUGAUUUUGGGUUUACAUCACCACAGCCUUUAGUAUUCUUUUAAAGCAUUUAUUUAUAUAUUUUUGUUCCUUUUUAAUUCUUUUUUUUUUUUUUUUUGUCUGGAGGUUUGUUAUAAGCUAUGCACACAUCUCACCUCCCUGAGCUUUUUGUUUUCUUUUAGUAAUUCUAACAAAUUAUUGUAUUGUAACAAAGCUAGUAUAACCUAAAUUUAUAGAGAAUCAAGUUUUUCUUUUUGUUGGUAUUUCUGCAGAAAUGACUUCUUAACAAUAAAAAGCUAAUUUGA